AUGGCGGACAUGGGAACGAUCCAACCUCUGCCCUUCUACGCCGAGUGGUCAGGCCACCCCAUCGCCGACCUCUCGCUCGCACACCAGCGCAUUCGCACUGCCAGCGACAAACCUGUGGUCUUUCUGGCAGGCGACUCGAGCCUGGACAACAAAGCAUGGGUUCCGUCCGACGGUGCAGGCGGACAAAUGUUGCCAGGGCGGAUACCAGAGAUCUACAACAGCUUUCUGAGUAGUCCAAACCCCAAGCCGGAUGUUGCAUACUUCCUCAAUCAAGCUCUCGAAGGUAAGGCCUCCGUCAUCAACGCAGCAGUCGAGGCAUCUCUUCUCCGGCAGCGAGACGAUGCGCUGCUGCCCCAUGACGAACUCAUCCGCGACAGCAUUCGUCCUGAAGACGUACUCGUGGUCUCCGUAGGCGCAAACGACAUCGCGCUAUCUCCCACAACAGCCACCGCCCGCCACAUGCUCCAGCUUGCCUGGUUCACGCCAAAGAGCUCGAUCGAAAAUGGUACUGCCUCGUCUUUGCGCUACUUCAGGAACAUGUUCGGGGCCCAAUUACAAGCCUACAUCGCCCGGCUCGUCGCGAAGCACAAGCCUCGAGCAGUCAUAGUUUGCAUGAUCUACUACCCGCUCGAGGCCCAGGCGAGUUCGCAAAGCAGCUGGGCAGACGCGCAAUUGAAGAUGCUGGGGUAUGGCUGGUUCCCUGGUCAGCUACAAGCGGCUAUCAAGCAGAUAUACGAGUCUGCCACGAUGAGAAUUGAGGUGGAGGGCACCAACAUCAUACCGUGCGAUCUGUAUAAGGCGCUGGAUGGCAAGACUGAGGCAGACUAUGUUGCACGAGUAGAACCGAGCGUUGAGGGUGGGCGGAAGAUGGCUGUGUUGUUGAAGCGAGAGCUUGAUGGCACAUUUGGGUGA